AUGUGGCAACCGGGCCUGGAGGAGGGCAUCUCCCAGAUCACCUCCAAGAGCGACGUCGCGCCCACCACCUUCGUCUGGAACUUCCCCAUCGACAUCACCUUCAAGAGCACCAACCCGUCCGGCUGUGGGUGCUGCGGGGACACUCUCCGGGAAUGCACCCGGGAAGACAAGCACUGCCUCAGCUACCUGCCUGUUAUCUCUCCUGUCUACUUUGUCACCUUCGUCCUCAUCGCACAGUUCGUCCUGGUCAACGUGGUGGUGGCUGUGCUGAUGAAGCACUUGGAGGAGAGCAACAAGGAGGCCAAGGAGGAUGCUGAGAUGGAUGCUGAGAUCGAGCUGGAGAUGUCCCGAGGAGCAAGCACAUCAGCCACCAGUGGCAGCAGGGGAGGUGCAGUGGCCCUGGAGAGUAGAGCACCCUGCAGAAGUCAGGAGGCCAUGAAGUCAGAGCCAGCAGUGCAGGCGAAGCACCAAGCCCUGGAGGCGCUGAGCUGUGAGAACGUGUCUGUAGCCAUCCCAGACACGCUGGAGGGGGCUGAGACUCCCAUGAUGGAAAUCCCGUCCUUCUGCUCUGUUUCCCACCAUGUCCUGACACCUUCCCACCACCCCCGAGGCCGCGAGGCUGAGGGAGGCAUGGCCAGCCCGCAGCCUCAGGACUCCCAGAACCUGCUGACGGUCCGCAAGAUCUCCGUUUCACGCAUGCACUCCUUGCCCAAUGACAGCUACAUGUUCCGGCCUGUGAUGCCAGCCAAAGCUCCCUUUCCCCUCCACGAGGUGGAGAUGGAGACGUAUCCCUGCAAGUCACAGCGAGGGUCCAUCACCUCCAUCCGCUCGCAGCCCGUGGGGACGUGCUCCUCCUUGAGGGUCCCUCCCGAGUCCCUCCAUGUGGCUGUGCGCUCCCCCGGCCGCGAGGGCUGGCACCGCUGGAAGGUCCUUCCCCCGCACAUCGUCCCCCGCUCUCCUACUCUGAACAAGCUGCUGUGCCGGCAGGAGGCCGUUCGGACAGACUCGGUGGACGGACACCCUCCAGACCCCAAGGACAACGUGCAAGCAGAGCAUGGAGAGAUGCCACCAUCACCAAAGCACCCUCAGCACACCCUCACCCCCAGCCCUCUCCACCUUGCAGCCUCCUCCCUGCCGUGCUCCCCUCCACGCUCCCCACCAACCUCCCCACACCGGCACCCAUCGCUGACUCGGAAACACUCCCGCAGCCAGCACGGGGUCUCCAGUCCCACCGAGAGCCCCCCAAGCUCCCAGGGCUGCCUCCUGGAGCCCUCCGACCUGGCUGACGAGGAGGUUCGCCACAUCAACAGCUCAGCCAAAGACUGGGGGGAGCACUCGGAGGCCGGGAGCUGCUCCACGUCACCGUUCGUCUCGCCGGCCGCAUCGCCGGUGCCCUUGAAGAAUUGCAGCACAAGCAGCCUGGCAGCAGGCAGCAGCAAGGAGAGGGACUUGAAGAAGUUUUACAGCAUCGAUACGAAGGGCUUCCUCACCAAGCCCAGCUGGGGGGAUGACCAAAGGCGGCACUCCAUCGAGAUCUGCCCCUCCGUCCGUGAUGGGGACUGCGGCUUCGAGGAGCGCGCCGAGGAAAAGCCACGCUCCCCCGCCCACAUCCAACCGGAGUCUGAGUACAUCCAUGGAGCCCGGAGGAAGAAGAAGAUGAGCCCUCCCUGCAUUUCUAUAGAUCCUCCCAUGGAGGAUGACGGCGGGGCGGCCUCGCGCACCAAAGCCUCCGAGAACAGCAUGCUGCGCCGCAGGACCCCAUCCUGCGAGUUCCCGGCGUACCGAGAGCCCCUGGAGCCGGCGGAGGCGCAGCCGGGGGAGCCGGGCUGCAAAGCAGAGCGCCGUGCCCAGCACCUCGCCAUCCCCGGCUUCUCCUUCGAGCAGUCGGAUGGCGGCGGCUCCCUGAGCAGCCUCUCGGAUCUGCUGGACAGUGGGCGAUCCACACCGGACUGCGAACUGAGAAAGCCGGAGCCCUUAAAAACUCAACGGAGCAACGCCGAGAAAAGCAAAGAGCUGCUCAGCGUGGCCAAGAGCCCCGUCCGGAUGCAGGACUUGGUGACUGUUGCGACAGAAGAAGACAUCGACGAGCCCGUAUAGCUGUCUGGGAUGGGGGUGUGGGGGGUCUCAAGGGCUUGACACCGACGUGGGGUUGGACACAGAAGGGAAUGCGCGGCCACGUGGCCACACUCUGGUUUUUCCCUUUCUUGCAGUCCCUUCUUCUUAAGCGCUGUGGAGGUUUGCAAAAAACCC